AUCUCAUCAUCUCUAUCCUUUCUACAAUAAAAACACCCUCCUCGCUGCCAACUAACGCAAACAAAACUCACAGCCUUUCUUUAGAGAGAGAAAAGGAGAAGGGAGAAAAACAGAUUCUAGAGAGAGAAAAAAACAGCACUAACCAAACAACAUCUAACAUGGCGGCAACAGUGUCUUCUCCUUGGGGAAAACCCGGCGCGUGGGCUUUAGACGCCGAGGAACACGAGGACGAACUCAAACAAGAACGAUUGGAUUCUCAACAGGAUAAGGAAUCUGAUUUCCCUUCUUUAUCGGUCGCCGCCACCAAACAGCCCAAAAAGAAGAAGAACCAAACCCUAUCUUUAGCCGAAUUCGCUACUUAUAGCUCCGCUGCGGCGUCUCAGCAGCCGAGCCAGCACUCGAGAGGGCUUACACAUGAGGAUCUCCUCAAUCUCCCCACUGGGCCCCGCCAGCGCUCCGCCGAGGAGCUUGACAGGUCGCGGCUCGGCGGCGGGUUUAAAUCGUAUGGAAUGAAUAGCCGAAACGGUGAUGAUGCGGGGAAUUCCCGAUGGGGUGGUGGUGGAAAUUCUAGGGUUUCUAGUAGGGAUAGGGAUUCGAGUCGUGAAUUAGUACUGUCUCGUGCUGAUGAGAUUGAUGAUUGGUCCAAAACGAAGAAAUCUCCUUCCUUUGGAAAUGAAAGGAGAGAGAGGAGCUCUUCCUUUUUUGAUUCACAGUCUAAAGCCGAUGAAUCGGAUAGUUGGGUGGCAAAUAAGCCCAUGGAGACACGGAGAUUUGGUGGUGGUGGUGGUGGUGGUGGUAGUAAUGGUGGGUUUGAGAGGAGAGGGAGUUUUGACUCGUUGUCUAGAGAUAGAUAUGGGUCUAGCAAUGGUGGUGGUGCAGCGGAUUCAGAUAAUUGGGGAAGGAAGAAAGAGGAUAGUAACGGAAUGGGAAGUGUAAGCGGAAUUGCAAGGCCAAAACUUGUAUUGCAGCCGCGUUCCCUUCCCAUCAGUAAUGACAAUGGUGUGGGUAUGAAGCCAAAAGGGUCUAGCCCAUUUGGUAAUGCGCGGCCAAGAGAGGAGGUCUUGGCGGAGAAAGGGAAAGAUUGGAAGGAGAUUGAUGAGAAACUGGAGUCUGUGAAGAUUAAUAAUAAUAAUAAAGAAGUGGAAAAAGGGGAGAGAGGUAAUGCUGCAUCUUUUGGACGGUGGAGCUUUGGUAAUGGGCAUGGCGGUUCUGGUAAUGAGCCAAGGACCUGGAGGAAGCCUGAUGGUGCUGAUUCAAACUCUCGUCCUGAGAGUGCUGCUGGAAGUGAGAAUGGUCAUGCUUCGGAGGAUGGGCGUAUCACAGAGGAUGAACACCCUGCAGCAAACUGAACAUCGAGUUUUACACAUUGGGAUGCCGAGAGAUAUUGAUGGAGAAAAAGAAAUGAGUAGAGGACACUGAAUUUAUUAGUAGCCAAAAUGUUUUGUUUGUACGAGUUUUGCCACAACUGUCAAGACUGUAACAGACAGUGUGGAGACAAUUUUGAUAGGCAUUUAAAGUUAUUUAACACUGAUUGGGGCCUUAAUGGCUUGUUCUGUAGCUGGCGUUGGGAUUGAGAAUUGUCUUUGUUAUUCAAUUACUAGUUUUUCGUAUUCAAUUUUGCCCAGAGCUGAGUGUUGAUUUUUGAUUGUUGGAACAUUCUGUCUAUAAUAAAUUAAAAGCUGCUACUCGUUGCAUUUUACA